GAUAAAUGAGUGACCAAUGGGAGCGACGGACGGCGCCCGAAUGAGAUUAUGGGGGGGAAAGGAGACGGAAAAUCUCUGGCUGCGCGCGGCCUCCAACCACUGUCCGACGUGGCACAUCGCAUCACCAUCCGAUUCGCUCGCGCUCUCCCCCACCCCAUCUCCACCAAGAAGCGCAAGCUCUCUGUUUCUUUCUCUCUCUCUCCAGAACUCGCAGGCGAUCGCUGAACCACCGCCGAUGGCCGUCGCUACUCCGUCGCCGGCCGCUUCCCUCUCCGGGCUCAGGCGCCGCAGCCCUCUCUCCUCCUUCUCCCGCCGCUCCGCCGCCGCCACCUCCCCCGCCAGAAAGGCCCUGACCAUUGUCGCCAUGGCUCCCAAGAAGAAGGUGAACAAGUACGACGAGGGCUGGAAGAAGGACUGGUACGGGCCGGGGAUCUUCUUCGAAGGGAGCGAGGAGGUGGACGUGGACGUGUUCAAGAAGCUCGAGAAGCGCAAGGUCCUGAGCAACGUCGAGAAGGCGGGCCUGCUGUCCAAGGCCGAGGACCUGGGGCUCACCCUCUCCUCCAUCGAGAAGCUCGGGGUGUUCUCCAAGGCGGAGGAGCUGGGGCUGCUCAGCCUGCUGGAGCGGGCCGCCGCGGCCUCCCCCUCGGCGCUGGCCUCCGCCUCGCUGCCCAUCCUGGUGGCGGCCCUCGCGGCGGUGGUGCUGAUCCCGGACGACUCGGUGGGGCUCGUGGCGGUGCAGGCGGUGGUGGCCGGGCUCCUGGUGGGGGCGGCGGGGCUGAUCGUGGGGUCCGUCGUGAUCGGCGGAUUGCAAGAGGCCGAUUGAAUUCAUUCCUUAGCGUUAGUUAGCGUUGUAGAAUGAUGAUAAAUCUAAAAGAUUUUCCUCUUUCUCUCUCGAUCAA